AGAUUUUGUAACAUUCAACAACGAGCUUUGCUUCAAGGGUGCUGCUUUCUACGCACUCAUUUUUAAUUUGCAAAUAUUGCAAAUAGUGCACACAAUGUGGCAUUAUGGUGUCUAUGAAGAGGAGAAAGAUGUAAUUAAUGCUCCAUUCACUAUGGUGGAAAUAACACUAUGAAACAUGCACCAUAGAGAGAAGUUUGAAAACAUUGGACCAAGAUCGAUUGGAAACAAUCAGUCAUGCACGAAAUAAACAUCCUAUUAACAAAUAUUGGAUCCUUCCUUUUACAGUAUUUAGGGUGAACAGGACUAAUAGAAAUGACUGGAGAAUUAUUCAAUAUUUAUUUGCUUCCUUUAGUUAGUUUAUUAUGGAUCUCUGCGCUACUCCCCAGAUUAGUUGGUGGCAGUAACGCACCGGAAGCGGUUUCGCUGACCAUUAAAAACAAGUAGAAGAAGAAAGUGGACUUCCCUCGGAUUAAAAAAAAAAGGAAAACACCGGGGCGGAAUCAACAUGGCAGACGAGGAGGAACCGACGCCGGAGCCCGCCCGCGUCUCUCCCCGGGAAAGCCCUCUCACGAAGCGGCCUCGCUCCGUCUUCUUCCCCGAGAGCGUCCAGCCGGCCGUGGGCAUGGUGAGCCAGCUGCUGACCCAGCCGUCGUCGCUGAAGUUCGACAAAAACAUCAAGCAGGCCUUCUACAACACGGGGGCGAUGAUCUUCGUGGCGAUCUGCUGCGGAGCCUCGGUCCUGGUCUACUUCAUCCUGGAGGCCUUCCUCCGCCCGCUGCUCUGGGCGGUGCUCUGCGGCACCUUCCUCCACCCGUUCAAGCACUCGCUGGCCCGGCUCGGCCGCUCGUGGCUCAGCGGCCUGCAGGACACCGGCACCCCGAUCGUGGUGGGGACCCUGCUGAUCCCCGUGUGGUGUCUGAACCACGGGGUGGAGGCGAUGGGGAGGAUGGUGCUCGAGAGGCUCACGGUGCUGCUGGUCAUCGGGGCCGGGGCGCCGCUGGUCUACUUGCUCUACCUGUUCUGGAGCGUGGUCGGCAUGCAGGUGAUCCUCGGGCACGUCUGCGGGGUCAUCGGGGCCGCGCUGGACUACUUCCACACCGUGUGGGUGUGCACUCUGGUGUUUGGCUACUUGUUGGUAGUUUGUUUCAAGUGGGGCCCUCACACUGAGCACUACCUGAGGGCCGUGGCUCUUCCCGUCUGGGCCAUUUUUCUCUUCUACAUAGUGUCUCUGACCGGCUCGUGGAGAGUUCCCUUAUUCGUGGUCGUGGUCAUACUUGUCAUCGUGGGCUCCCAAGAGAAACCACCUGAUCCGGGCAGAGGAGAGCUGUCGGGGCAGGUUUUGUCUUUUGCUGCUAAUACUAUUUACAUGGCGAUCUCGUGUAGCAACCUUCAGAUGAAAACUGGGCCAAGUGAAAACCCGACUACAGGUGGCCCCCUCCCCUCCACGCCGGGGCUCCCUCGCGGCUUUCGCUCGCUACCGGCCGGCCUCUUCCAGAAUGAGAAGAGCGCCCAGCGAGCCAGCGAUAUCUACUUCAUUCUCCUCCUGUGGGCCAUUGUGCUGGUUCAGGUCUGGCUCAACCUCUGGAUCCUCCAGCUGCUGCCGAUCCCCGUGGCCGUGUGGGUGCUGAAGAAGCUGGUGGUCCACUUCGGCCUGAAGGGCUUUGCAGAGCGGACCGUGGUCUCCUGGUGGGCGGUGCUGGGGAAGCUUGGACGCGAGCGGGAGGGGGCCCUCCUGCCCGGGCCGAUCAAAGGCUUGGCUCAGUUCCUGCUGCGUAUCGACACCAAGCUCUGGCAUUGGCUUAACAAGCAGAUGAUCGUGUGGUUGGAGCGAUCUCUGGAUAAAAUCAUCAGCAUCUUCAUCAUCUUCCUCCUGGUCACGGGGACCCUGCUCAUGGCGCUGCUGCUCACCGCUAUGGUUCACCAUGAAAGUGUUCACAUCAUCGACGUAACCAGUAACCUCAUCAACGAGACCGUGUCGAACCAUCCCGAAUGGGCCAAUUGGCUUCCAGAGGCUCGUGUGGUGCAGAAGGCUCUCAAUUCAGCUGCUACUAACGUUCAUCAACACGGUAGAGAGUGGAUAACACAAAAGCUCCAAAAGAUGUUGGGUGAUAAGGUGAACAACACCGCUGUGAUCGAGAAACAGGUGUUGGAGCUCUGGGACCGAUUAUACCACUCCUGGUUUGUGAAGAACAUGACUCACCCUGGACGGCUGCGCGGCCAGAAGCUGUUGGUGCAGAGGGGAAACAGCUGGCUGGGCGAAAUCCUUGACUGGAAGGACAUCGCCUCCUUCCUGCAGGAGAAUAUUCAGACUCUGCUGUCUAUCGUGGAGUCCUUAUGGGUGGUAAUGAGUAGGAAUCUGGGCCUGCUCAUCUCCACCACCACGACUCUCCUCACCGUCUUGUUCCACAGCGGCACGGCUCUGCUCAACUUUGUCCUGAGUCUGGUGAUUUUCCUUACCACUCUCUUCUACCUGUUGAGCUCCAGUGGCGAAUAUUACAAACCCGUUAAGUGGGUGAUCAGCUUGACGCCCCUCUCCCAGCCCGGACCCUCCUCAAAUAUCAUCGGCCAGUCUGUAGAAGAAGCCAUCAGAGGAGUGUUUGACGCCUCUCUGAAAAUGGCCGCUUUCUACGGCUUCUACACCUGGCUCACUCACACCAUGUUUGGCAUCAGCAUAGUCUUCAUUCCUUCUGCUCUGGCCUCCAUCUUGGGCGCGGUGCCGUUCCUGGGAACCUACUGGGCAGCAGUGCCGGCGGUGUGUGACCUGUGGUUGGUGCAGGGCGAAGGGGUCAAGGCCCUGCUGCUGCUCAUCUGCCACCUGCUCCCAACCUACUUUGUAGAUACAGCGAUCUACUCCGACAUAUCAGGGGGGGGACACCCGUAUCUGACGGGCCUGGCAGUGGCGGGCGGCGCAUACUAUCUAGGUCUGGAGGGCGCCAUCAUCGGGCCCAUCCUCCUCUGCGUCCUGGUCGUUGCAGCCAACAUCUACAGCGCCAUGCUGAUGAGCCCCAGCUCGGCGGCGCCGACCCCGGUGCACUCCAGCUGGCCGCUCAACCAAAUCAGGACCGUCAACGACUCCACCCCCACUGUCCUGAAAAAGAGUGGUGAGUGAGAGCGGGACCGGUGUGAAAACUGGCUGUUUCCUCAUGAGGGAAGUGAUCCCAACCCCCCCCCGAAGCCCCGCCCUGCGCCACCCGGCUCUGCAGAGGUCCGCCCCGGACGGAGGAGAGGCGGCGGCAGUGGCGGUGCGGCUGGUUCCCCCUCCCCACCCCACCCCACCCCCCCAUGCUGAUGCUGUACGCAGGCCUGGGCAGCUCGUCUGAGCAGCAUGGCACCAGCCGCUCGCAUUAAAGGGCCGUGGCGAGCGUUGAUCGCGACCCCCCCAUCGGGCACCACCAUGAUGAAUGACUGAGCACAUCAGCCCGCAGAACUCCAGCGCCUGAAUUGAGUUUCACCGUGUUUAAAGAUGCCUAAAGUUACCGUGCGGUUAGCGGUGAACCGUACACAUAAUAGAAAUAUACAGAGAUUUAUAUAUUUAUAUAUUUUAACACUGAAUUUGAAGAGACAAGUAGAGUCUUUUGCCAAUAAAAUGAAUCGGCGAUGCCCCUGAUUUCCACCCUGCACACCGUGGCUUCAGGUCACAUGGUGUGCAGUACAGUUUAACCUUAUGUGUCGAUCAGGCUUGAGUGAUCGGAAGAGGACCCCCCCCCCCCCCUAAAUGUUUUUACAUGUGCACAUGCAACUAACCUUUAGGUUUCUAACGUGCUUAGCUGCUCUGUCCGGAUUGAAGCAUGGUUACGUUCAGAAUGAUCUGACUGAUGCCUCGCUGAGUAUUUCUGUGAGCUGAUGGUCACCCCAUCACGCGAUUUCAUCCCAGUUUUAUAUCCCUUAUGUUGAAUGUAUGAAUCGUUUCUCCUCCCGCACUCUUCACUUAAACUACAGUCGGAGCACUUUUCUAAACACAGAGUAUGAAGCUGUUACUUGAAUUGUUGUGUAUUUGUGCAUCAAAUCGAUCCUCCGUUGCUGCUGCGUUCGCUGUCUGAAGGAGCUAUGAUGUGUUCAAGGGUUAAGUUUAGCAACGGUUGGCAUGUUCAACUAAUUACUGCAGUUUGUGUUUGAUACUGUUGCUAUCAUUAUUUUUUUAAUUAACGGAUAUUCACUUAAAUAAACAGAAUUGCUACAAAAUAGGUUUUCUUGAGAUCCUUAUUGCUGAUUCUAUACUCUAUUGUUGGGUAGUUUAGUACAGAGUAUAUGCAUUAAUGAUGAAGUACGUUAAAGACACAUUUUACAACCUUUUCUAUACAAGACUAACUGCAACUUUGAAUUCAAACCAUUUACUUAUUAAACUUCCCUCUACUAUACAUUGAUUUUAAAAUACCACAACUAAACAUUUAAGUCCUGAAGUUCAUAAAAGGUAUGUGUUCAAAAAAGUCAAGAAGAUGUAUCGUAUUGCAACAUUGCACAAAGAAUCAUGGUGCAGGAGUGAAAUAACGUUCUGUCCCAAACGGUACGCUUCUCUAAGGAUGUUUUCACACGACGUCCUGGUGCGAGAGCAGGCUUCAAAAAGCAAUGAUUAUCUCUGCGGUCCUUAAAAUCUUUUCUUGUCCUGUCAAGGUAUAAUAUAUCAUCAAAAGUAAUAGUAAGGCAUGUCAUAAAAGUGCUGAACUAUACAAAAAAAGUCCCAAAAGUAAAGCGAUAAAUUCUGUUAUCAAAUGUUCAAAAUGCCUCCCUUUACUGUCUCUAAAAUAAUAUUAAAAUGUGUACACAUUGUAUAGUAGGCCAUAACAAGCCAGUGAGUCGUCCUAUAAAAUGCCAGAUCAUGUCAUACAAAAUUAGUCAUGAAAAGUAAUAUCAAGAUCAUGGUAAAGUAAUAAAAGGUCAAAAAGUCCUAAAGGAAAGACACUGUGUCAUAAAAAGGUAAAAGUACAAUGUCAUAAAGUCGUACUAUAUUUGGGAGGUCAUAGUUGUGUACCUUAACUGGUAACACUGUUCAUCGUUCUGCUGCUGCUACCAGUUUAUAAACUGUCUGAUCACACCCUUUAACUAGGGGCCCCUCGCGAAGUGGCCCCCUGCCCCAGAGAGGAGGAUUUAACUGAGAACACAAGGCUUUCUGUGGAAACACACACACACACACACACACACACACUUUGCAGGAGGUGCCAGCAGGGCCGUGUGCAGAUGGGCAGAAUAAAUAUCAAACACACAGAAAGCUACGUUAUAAACAUGGUAUUCAGAUUACACAUUUCAAAAAUGUAGCAAUGAAGUACAUUAUUUUCAACUCCAUUUUUUUUAGCUCCAUUACAUUUAAUGUUGUACU